AUGAUUGCGGGGCCCCCAAUGAGUUUCGGUAUGAUGAAAGGCGGUAUGAAUGCACCGCCACACCAUAACCAAUACCAGUACCACCCGCAAUACCAAGGUGGGCCAGUGGGCCAUGGUGGCCAUGGAUUUGGAGCGUGGCCGCCUCCACAACAACCGCGUUUCGCUGCAGAGAGCACAAGGAGGACCACGUCUGGAGGCGGGGGAAGCACGGCCACACAGGCCUCGAAGGAUGAUAAAACUAGUCCAUUCAUUUCGACUGUACAUUCACAUCCUGGGUUCCAACCGCAGAAGAUUGGAAAAGGAGCUGGUUCGGGUUCAAGCCUCCCGAAACCACCGAAAGCGCCAGAAAAGCCUUUAAUGCCAUACAUGCGCUACUCGCGCCGAGUAUGGGACAGUGUUAAGGCAGCACAUCCCGAUUUAAAACUAUGGGAGAUUGGUAGAAUAAUUGGUGGCAUGUGGAGAGAUUUACCAGAGACAGAAAAAGCUGGAUUUGUUGAUGAAUAUGAAGCUGAAAAGGCGCAGUACACAGAAAUGAUGAAAGCGUACCAAAGUUCGCCUGCAUAUAUUCAAUGGUUGGCUCACAAAUCUCGAGAGUACGAAAAGAGUCUCAAGGCGUAUCACAACUCACCGGCAUACCUGGCCUAUAUUGCGGCGAAAAACAAAGCUGUAGUAGGGAAUCUGGAGGAGGAGAGCUCAAGUAAAAAGGGAAGCUCUCAGAAGGAGCAACAGCAGCAAGAUAGAAGAAUUGACAUACAACCUGCUGAAGAUGAGGAAGAUCAAGAUGAAGGUUUGUCUAUCAAGCACGUGGCAUACGCGCGAUAUCUUCGCAACCAUCGCUUGAUCAACGAGAUAUUCUCCGACACCGUAGUCCCGGACGUCCGGUCCGUGGUCACCACCGCAAGAAUGCAGAUUUUAAAGAAGCAAGUUCAAUCAUUGACAAUGCAUCAGAAAAAGCUUGAAGAUGAGUUGCAGCAAAUUGAGGAAAAAUUUGAGGCAAAGAAAAGAAAGUUUAUUGAAAGCAGCGAGACUUUCCAGGAAGAACUUAAGAAGCAUUGCAAACCAGCAGUAGAUGACGACACUUUCCAACGUAUGGUAGAAAGAGCUUUGGAGCAAAUGCGUCGUGGAGUGAACCCAACACAACCACUUGCACUUAGUGUUACGGAGAGGAAGGACGAGUCAAUGGAGCAAGACUCAAACCAAAUCAAGGCUGAAGCCAAUGGACCCAACCCACCUACACAAGUAGACAAAGUCUCAACAACAGAAGUCAACAAGCCCGAUGGAAAUAUUACUACAGAACUUAAUAAGCCUGAAGGCGAGGUUGCAGCAAACAAGGAGCAACCGUCAGUUGAAACCAAUAAUACUAUGCAAGAGGGAGAAAUCAAAGAAGAGAAACCUGUUGAAUUAAAAGUGGAACCAAAAGAAAUACACGGGGCUCCGACAAAUCCAGGAGUAACACCGCAGCAGCCUCAACAACAUAUCACGUCACCUCCUCACCAUGCAAUGAUGAUCCCACCAAAUCCCAAUGCCGGACCUCAUCAAGCACCACCGCACGCCGGCCCACCUCCACCACCUGGCGGCGGUGGCUACGGCGCCGCUUACGGCGGGCGGUACUACGGCGGCUACGGCGGCGGGUUCCCGGGCGGGUACUACUACGCGAGUGAGCACUACGCGCACCACGCGCACCACCACCACGCGCCGCACGCGCCCCAUGCGCCGCCUCACGCGCCGCCGCACGCGCCCCCACACCACCUCGCCAAAGCUGAAGAACCGCAAGUGAAGAAAGAGGGCGAAUGA